AUAAAUUAAUGGGGAGGACCAGGAUACACCGAUAAAACCAAUAUCCCAGUGUACAUAAAGGUGUACAGUUGAGCAAGUAGGUCUAUGUCUAUUCUAGAUAUCGGAUUCAUGUUCUUUCAUGUUGUGUACUGCGCAUGUCACAUUCGGUUUGAACAUGGCCAUGCUAACAGUUUGGAAUGCGCAUGCCCAAUCUGUAAUCACUUUGAGUUAGCUUUAGCUAGCUUUCAAAGAAACAAAGCAAGGGCCUUUGUUCCAACAACUAUUUAGAGAAAAAGUUUAAACAUUUGGAAACAACAUAUUAACACACAUGGUUGUAACAAAUCAACUAUAGUCAGUGGCUACGAACCAUUACCCAGGCGCGGACGCCCGAAAACUAACGACAAUGGUUGAUGAUUCCCGUUACCACAGUGAACACGACGAUCGAGUUGGAGGUCCAAAGCACCGCGUUCGGAAAGGCAGGGGUCCCUUCAGAGCGCCCAUAUAUAGUGAACAUGGUUCAAGAUCGAAGCAUCGCGGAGGACACGGUGGGGCUAGUGGUGCUGGGUCCAAGGGAAAGUUUGAAGAGAACGAUGGCGACAUAGCCAUGAUGGAUGAUGGUCCACAAGAUGACGGCUCGCAGCGCAGAUAUAACCCAUAUGGAAGGCCUAAUGGACGUAAUCGCAGAAGAGGAGGUGAUAGAGGAGGUGGUGGAGGAGGAGGAGGAGGAGGAGGAGGAGGAGGAGGUGGUGGUGGUGGUGGUGGAGGUGGAGGUGGCAGCGGCGGUGGAGGAGGAAAUGGACGAAAGAACUGGUUUAAAAUGAGUAUUCCACAUGGUAAAAAGUAUGACAAGGAAUGGCUACUGACAGCGCUUCGAGGUCUGUGCUCUGUGCCAUUCCAUCCUAUUCAUUAUCAUACAGAUGGCAAUAGAGCUAUGUUUUAUGUAGAGGACUCCAUGACUGCAAGUGCGUUAACAAAAGUGUCACGGAAGAUCACAGAUAAAGAUGGUUAUAAGGUGACUGUUCUGAUGAACUCCUGCCCUCCCCCUCCCUUCAUCAACGCCGAGUUAAAACCAGAAGAUCUUGAACACUUAAAGCAAUGUAUGGCCAAGCGUUUUGAUGGCUCCCAACAAGCUCUUGAUCUGAAUAAUAUAAGGAUAGAUCCUGACCUGGUAUCUCAGAACAUAGAGGUGGUGUUGACAAGGAAGAGUUCUAUGCAGGCAGUUAUUAAGAUUAUUGAAGAAAACAUUCCAGAGCUGUUGUGUUUAAACCUGAGCAAUAACCGACUGUACCGUCUCGAUGACUUCUCCAGUAUUGUCAGCAAGGUGCCAAACCUGAAGAUUUUGAAUCUCUCCCAAAACGAGAUCAAAACUGAAAGGGAGCUGGAUAAGCUGAAAGGCCUCAAACUUGCAGAGCUGUGGUUAGAAGGAAACCCCGUGUGUCAGCAUUUUAAGGACCAGGCCAUGUACAUCAGUGCUGUUCGGGAGAGACUUCCCAGACUUCUGAAGCUGGAUGGAAACGAACUCCCCGCUCCCAUUGUGUUUGACCUUGAAGUAACCCCUGCGGUACUGCCGCCGUGUAAGCCCAGUUACUUUGCCUCAGAAGAGAUCAAGACUCCGAUCCUGAUCUUCCUAACACAGUACUACAGUGUGUACGACUCUGCUGACAGACAGCCCCUCCUGGAUGCCUACCACGACAGUGCCACCUUCUCUCUCUCCAUCCCCUUCUUCGCGCAGAACCCCUCCAAAUGUACUUUAGGAGACUAUCAAAAAGACAGUCGCAAUCUGAAAAGACUCAAAGACCCAACCACCCGGUUUCGACUUUUGAAGCACACACGUCUUAAUGUGGUGGCCUUUCUAAACGAACUGCCCAAAACACAACAUGAUAUUGCCUCUUUCAACGUUGACGUGAACACCUUCACAAAUACGCUCUUGUCAUUCACUGUCAGUGGAGUGUUCAAAGAAGUGGAUGGUAAAUGCCGGGAGACCUUCAGAGCAUUCUCCCGUGUCUUCAUUGCUGUACCAGCAGGAAAUUCAAGUCUGUGCAUAGUGAAUGAUGAGAUGUUCGUACGGAACGCCACGACGGAGGAGAUCCGGAAAGCGUUUGUGGCUCCCGCGCCGACCCCCUCCAGCAGCCCUGUGCCCACGCUCUCGGCCGCCCAGCAGGAAAUGCUCAGCGCCUUCUCCGUGCAGUCCGGCAUGAACCUGGAGUGGUCUCAGAAGUGCCUGCAGGACAAUGAGUGGGAUUUUGACAGGGCUGCCAAAAUUUUUACUGACCUUAAAGCUCAAGGGAAAAUCCCAGAUGUCGCUUUUAUAAAGUGAAGAUGUUUCCUCCGUUGGUCAUGAAAUGUACAUAGAUGUACAUUUAUUUUUACAAGCAUCAAUAGAAUUUUACAACCAAGUCUUGCACUAUGAAUUAUGAAUAAAAUAUAAAAAUGUUGUCUGCCAA